CUUGACCCCAUUACAGCUUCUCCGAUAUGAAACAAUGUUUUAUUCUUUUUUUUAAUAUAAUGAUAUACAGUACUUGUACUUUCCGCUCUAAACUCUUUUGAAGUUUGAAGUGGUCAAGAAAAUGGGUUAAUUCAGAAGCUAAUCCAGUUUAAAUCCGUCAAUGUUUGCCAAACAUAGCACGACUGGCCUCAAUGUAGAGAAAGUAAAUUGCUUCUAAAGCAAAUAAAAAUAUUUAAUGGCAUUUACCUAAUCACUUUUACUUAAAACUGGAAUCAAUACCGAAUUCUAGAUCACUUUAAUAUACGUCGGAAUUGAAUUAAGGUGUUAUCUUGCCUCGUAUCGAUAAUAAAAGAUUGUCAUAAUUUGAACCGUGGAACGUAUCUCAAUUUAUACACACCAGUUACCUCGGAUUUCAGGGUGGGAAUAUAUUAAUUUGUUUCCGAUCUACGCUCUUUACACCUAGUUUAUUGACUCGCUGGGAAAUUAAUGUAUUCGAAAGUUUUAUUACAGAAAGUUUUAAUUAACGUUGUAAAACGGACAUGAUUUGGAUAAACGUACGUCAUGGUUUCCAAUAUAGUUUUGUGGACUGUUUUAAGUGUUUAUGAAGAAAGCUGUUGAAAGGAUUGUCUAUUGUGUACAGUCGUUUAUAUAUAAAGACAUAUGUAAAGGAAUUUUUAAUUUCUGUGGCUUGCACCGACGUAAUGAAAGUACAUAUAUACUAAACAGAUACUUUAUAGAAGCUGGCUCAUUUUUCCACUGUCGGACUUUAAGUUGUUACCAGAAGGGUGGACAAAGUCUUAAAAUGGUGUUUCGUGAAGAAACUAUGGUGCAGGUACGAUCCUUUGUGGACAAACUUGAGAAGGAACCACGUCGCACUUCCGAAGUUUUAGAAUCGGAAGUAUUUAGAAACGCUGCCUCUUCUGUCCAGGAACAACCUACCCAGCCUAAACUUCCGGUGACAAGACAAACCAGAUCUUGCCUAGCAAGUGGACUCUUUCACAAUGUGUAUAAAGGACGAAUGCGAAAAGUGAAAUUCUUGUUGGAUAAUGGGCUGAAUAUUAACGCCAAAAAUGAUUACGGAUAUAGCGUCCUUAUAGCAGCAUUGCAUAUUGAAAACGACGCAAAACGCAGUAGAAUGUUUCGGUUUCUCCUGGAAAAUGACGCUGACCCAUUACAGAAGGAUCCGAAACAUCAAAGGAAUGCUUUAGCCUGGGCGUGUGUGUUAAGCAGGGACGAACAGGCUAAUAUCCUUUUGGACUGCUUUAUGGGGGAAUUUGAUUUCCACGACCAAGACAAAGAAGGUAUGACAGCUCUCCAUCUUGCCACACAAGCCGGACGAACAGAGAUUGUGAAAACAUUAGUUAGAGAAAUGAUAAAAUAUGGUAUGUCAGUUGACGUUCCUGAUAAUCUUGGUUUAACACCUUACUUGCAUGCUAAGAGACUGGGCUUUGGUCUAAUAGCUGACAUUCUUAAAGUCGAAGGAGGGGCCUGUGAAGGUCAAGGUGAUAAAUACUCGUUUAAGAAAGCAGAUGAAUGGAGACAAAUUGGAAUAAAAGAGAGAAAUGAAGAAGUACGCAUGCGUCGAGACACAUUGUAUGAGCAUGCGGCCAUUUCAGGAAGCGCACGGAUGUUAAUGGAAUUCGAAGGCCCCGGAUAUGAAAUAAUCUCGAUACCUACACCUCGAUCUCGAAAAAGACCUAUUCACAGAACACAAUCUUCAGAUGAUGUUGCAGUGAGCGAUACGGAAGCGCCAAAGUCUGUGAGAAUCUUGUCACCCAAGUCUCUGAUCAGUAUACCGGUUGGUUCAGAUUACAAAACCAUGAAAUAUAAAUAUAAUAGAAUGUACAUGGACACUCCGGACGGAUCUCCUAGAUUAGAUACGAUGUCACUGAUACAAAUGCGAGAACCGAGAAAAGGGAUUGCACCAAAACAGUUUCAUUCAUCCGAGUUAGAUACAAGCAAAGCGAACGAAUAUAAACACAUCGUAGGUGACCUGACCACUAUGAUGGACUAUUUGUCAAUGCAACAAUCGAAAUCCUUCCGUCGUUCGGUGCCUCCGAUGAAAAUAAAACGUGAAGAGUCGACUACGGGUCCAAAAAGAAGUACACUCGCUAUCAUCUUUGGAAAGAAUAAACGCGGCAGAAAAUCCCCAAAAGAAAAGAAAGGAAAACAAACUCCUGGAAGUGGAGGGAAAGAUAGAAAAAAUGGGAAACCGAAAUAAAUAACAUUUAAAGUGCUAAAUAUGAAUGAUAAUAUGCAGAGAAAUCAGUUCCGAUAUGGACUAAAAGAAACACUGAAAACAAAUAAGAAAAUUAAAUUGAAAGCUACUGUAGAUAUCAGAUUCUCUUUAUGAAAUGGCAGGUAAAUCAGUUUUACAUACAUUUUAUUUCGAGUGUGACCUUUAUUUCUCCUCCUAAACCGAUCGAAAAUUAAUCUUAUCUUGAUUGAAAUUAUCUAAAGAUUAAAUACAUUCAGCGCAAGGUUAAACUCCAGUUAAGCCUACGUUAAAGCGGAUUUAUCCACAAAAAGUGUAAUUAAAUCGCUAAAACGACAGUUUCGAAGCCUAUUAACACAAAGAAAUUCAGGUUAAAAAAAUGUUUAGUUGAAACUUCUUUAGUUAUCUGACUGGGUCUGCGUGUGAAUUCAAAAUGAGUUAAUCCUCAAGUUUUUUAUAAAUUGGAUUCAGUUAUUUUAAGCCGGGAAAAUAUGGUUUACAUGAAAAUCUGUAAUACAAAUAAUAUAUAGAAAAUAAAGUUUAUUAAGUGUGAGACAACCUUAUUUAUAGUCGCCAGUGGUUACCCAUAUGGGCGGCUCCUCCUGAAGACUGUCAUUACUUUAAGUUAGAGGAUAAUGCAAGAAGACACGUAUUCCAGAAGCUUCCCUAGUUCUUCAACGCGUCUUACACGGGACUCGUAUCCUAAAAACAGUAAUUUAAGUUUGAGGAACAAUUAAAUGCUUGAACUCACGAUCCCUGGUUUCGUGGUCAGGUGUGUUACCCCGGAUUAAUUACUGCGUCCGCUCUUAGGUAUCAUUGUAAUGUAUAAUGGUAUUUGUAUCGAUACAGUUUUUAAAGGUUUAUAUUUACGUUAUAGCAGCUCUGAAUAGCAUUCUAAUUGCUUGAAUAUCUCCUUCAAGUGUAUGACUUCCCCAUGAAACGGUCAUAACGUCUGUUUUCAGGCAGUUUUCAUACAACCACGAAACAUCAAAACAGAAUGACCAUUCCUCACCACCAAGUUUCAUCACAAUUCAACGAAAUACUUAAGAUAGUUAAUACAUAUGCACUUGAGACAUCGAAUAAAAUGUUACCACAAUGAUUUCAAAGAACUGCAUCGUACUUUGCAUUGUUAAUUUGACAUUUAAGUUAAUCCACAAUAUCUGACCAGGUUAAUAAAAGUCUUUACGACCUAAACCGUAGAGGUUAAUCCACCCUAAACUAGGUCAAGUAAUACAGGGUCACCGUAAUGUUACUGUAGACAUUUCUAAAUAAUUGAUACGUGUAUUAAGAUAUUAAGGUGACCAGUAAAGAAACUUCACGUUAGCAUUAAUACUGUUGUAAAUGUAUUGUAGUUAUUUCUAAAGUAUUUGUCACCUUUAAGAUCAUUUUGAAUCUAACUUUACACAUAAACACGAUAAAAAACAACAUUUCCUGUCACUGCACAUAGUUUUAUGACUGUGAAACAUUUCUUAAUUAAAAUAUAUGCAACAGAACUGCGUAAUGUAUUUUCACUAUGUCAAUGACAACAACUCUGGUCUGGCGUAGUGAAAUCGCAAACAGUACACUACAUUCAUAACUUCACAUGAUAUGCUACAAUCCUCUGUUUUGUGACUCAUUGAAAUACAUAUAACACAAUCUUCUAUGCCCUUAAUGCAUAUUUUUGACAAAGUCAAGGGUCAUAACUCUGAUCUUGCAGAGUAAAAUCCUUAACAAACCUAAAGUGCACAAAUUCCCAUGCUGAUAUAUAUUCCUGUAUCAUGGUUUCAUCUCGUGGUAAAGAGGUGCAGGAAUACAAAUAUGAUGUCACGAUGAUUCAAAGGCUUACGAAAUGAUAGAAUUCCAAUUUAACAUGUCAUAUGUAGUGUUAAAUUGAUUAAUAUUUGUAAACUACAUUUUAGGACAUGAACAGACAACACUGACACAAUAUACACCUGCCGAAGCAAUUUUACAAUACUCGGCUAACUGAGCAGACUCGUCAAUUUUCUAAGUUUCAGAUGCUGUUAGUCCAAAGCGACAAAGACUAUCUGGCUGGUUAACUUGCCCAAGAUAAUAUGUUACCAAGUUUGGUGAAUAUUGGAUAAGAAAUGCUAAUGAAGUUGACACCGACAGUAUUACCAUUUUAAGUAAUUCAAGGGCAAUAACUCAAGAGUUAUUGACAGUACCCAGUUGGUUACAAAAGAGGUCCGAGGUAUUAUGCCCGUAAACAUUGAGACCAAAUUACAUCAAUAUUGGAUAAGAACUACACAGGUUUGAAAUUGUUAAUUUUCGCAUUUUUUUCGAAUUUCAAGGACCAUAACUCCAGAGCUGAUGUUUGUCAAAGCUGAUCGAUAUUUCAUGCUCGUAAAGCUUGUUGAACAUUUGAUAGGAACUAACUCUGCAAGCUAGAGCUGACAAUUUUAGUGGACUCCGUCCAUCGCCGCAUGUGAUUACAUUUCACGAGCGUUUAGAAAAGUCAGACCAACAGAACCUUGAUCUGGAAUGAUUUAGUCAGCCCACGGCUAUGGAUUUUACCAGACCUGACAACACCACUCCGCGCUUGCCCGCCUCGGGUCUGGCAAAAUUCACUAAAGUCAAAUUAUAGCAUACCCGAUCAAGCUACUGUUAUAAAAAAUGAUUGACAUAUUGCAAUAUGAUACAAAAUCCCCUACCAGAUGGAAACUUAUUUGAACUGCAGCUUAAUCUAUCUAAUGUUGGUCAGUCAUGAUGUAUGUACAAUAUUAUGCAUUGCGUAAAACGUUUGGGUUGAAAUAUGCCUGUCUGAAAAUCUACAGUUCUUAAAUACUUUGAAACACUUAUAAAUAAUGAAACAUUUCAAUAACAAACAUUUUUAAACUGGUAGCAAAAACAGAGAUAAAAUAUAAUGAAAUACACGUAUGUCAUCAUAUUAAAGGGGAAUAAUUCUGAAGAAAAACACCAAACACCUUUUCAUUGGGUCCGUAUGACACAGCAGUUUAUGUUGAAUGUUUAUGCAAAAUUAUCUAAUUUUCCAUGCAUGCCUGAAAAAGUUGCAGACUGGAUAAAAAAACUACCUUAAUUCUUUUACUUGUAGCUGUGACAGUGGUAUGCAACAUAUCAUCUUGUUAAGGGGA